AUAGAAUAUGUGAAAGCAAAAUUCACAAAGAAAGAAAAAGAACCACUACAAAAAAAAAAUGACAAUUUUAAUGCUGGUUCAGAUAUUGAAUAUAUCCCCUCAAAAAAUGUUGCACCAACAUCAACUCAAAAAGCAUCAACAAGAAGCAAGGUAGUAAAAUCAUCUUCAGAAUAUUUGAAAUCUAUUUCACAAGCUUUAUUAACAAAUAAGUUUGACAUACCUAAACAAAUCGUGGCAACUCAAUCCAGAAAAAUAAAAGAAGUAGCACCAAUUAAAAUAGCUACCACAAGGAAAAUAAGGAGACUCAAGAAUCUAAUCAGGAAAUUUACACCGUCAAUGAUCUCUAUAAUGUAUGCACAUAUACCAAACCACUCAAGUUAUCACCACCAAGAGAAUCUAAUGAACGGCAAAGAUUUAGUUCAUGAGCUAAGACCAACCAUUGUGGUUGAUGAUUCAAGCAUGACCACUUUCACUCUGCCAUUACAAGGCAAUUCUGGAAUUUCAUCUUUAAAUGAAAGUCCUCCAACUGGUAUUUUACAUGCAGUUGAUUUAACAGUGGAAGAUGGUGUAGUUUUAGCUUGGCAUAACAACUGGGUCUUGGUAGCACGUUUUGAUGAUCAUGUAGUAAUCAAAAGAAUAUCAUGUAGAUUAUGUAAGAGGGUACUUGAAGCAGCUUUUAAAUAUUUAAGUCUUUAUGAACUUCCUGAAGCGCAUGAAGUUACUCUUUAUGAAUAUGAUGACUAUAGAAUAGAACUUGCUAAAUGCAUACACUGCAUACAAGAAAAGUAUUCUAUAGUUCAUAAUCCAAAACGAAGUGCUUUUAAAGAACAUGAACCAAUUAGUAGAGUCGUUAAUGGGCUACAAGCAUUUUGGUCUUUAAAAGGAAUAUAUCAUUGA